AUGGCGUCUGCUGAUCUGAGACGGGAGCUGGACUGUUCCAUCUGCCUGAGCAUUUAUACAGAUCCUGUCACCCUGAGAUGUGGCCACAACUUCUGCCGGGUCUGUAUUGAUCGUGUGCUGGAUACACAGGAGGGGGCUGGAGUUUAUACCUGUCCUGACUGCAGAGCAGAGUGUCAGGAGCGUCCUGCACUGAUACGGAACAUAACGCUAUGUAACAUAGUGGGGAGUUUCCUGUCUACUCGGCCAGAUCAGGAGGAGACUGGGAUCUUCUGCACUUACUGUGUGGACUCUCCUGUACGUGCAGCAAAAUCCUGUCUGCUGUGUGAGGCUUCUCUGUGUGAUAAACACCUGAGAGUACACAGCAAGUCACCAGAGCACGUCUUAUGUGAUCCCACCACUGCCCUGGGGAACAGGAAAUGCUCCGUCCAUAAGGAGAUCUACAAGUAUUACUGCACUGAGGACGCUGCCUGUAUCUGUGUGUCCUGCUGUAUGAUCGGGGAACACAGAGGACAUCAGAUGGAAUCACUGGAUGAGGCCUCUGAGAAGAAGAAGGUGAAACUGAGGAAAGUUCUGCAGAAACUGACCACAAAGAGAGCGGAGGCUGAGAAAAGAGUCCAGAGUCUGCUGGAGCGCAGGAGAGAAGACCAGGGAAAAGCAGCUGGUGUAAUAGAGACAGUCACUGCCCUGUUUAGAGACAUCAGGGGACAGCUGGAAGACCUGGAGAAUAGAGUCCUGAGUGAGAUCUCUAGGCAGGAAGAACGUGUUUCACUCUCAAUCUCUGAUCUGUUCCAGCAGCUGGAAAUAAAGAAGGACGAGCUGUCCAGGAAGAUGCGUCACAUUGAGGAGCUGUGUAACAUGUCUGACUCAGUGACUGUCUUACAGGAGCCAGACACAGGGGACUUGUGUGAUACUGAGGACACAGAGAGACAUGAUAACCAGGUCCGUGGUGCAGGAGAUCUGGAUGUGGGUCUCGUCUCAGGGACAUUACACACAUUAUUUGAUAUAAUAACAGGUAUAAAUACAGGGAUCUAUGUGCAGGAACCUACAGACCUAUUACUGGAUGUAACCACAGCUGCUAAUAAUAUACAGAUCUCAGGUGACAGGAAAACUGCAUUCUGGUCACCAAACCAGAAUCACCCAGUAACACCAGAGAGAUUUCAUGGUAAUCAGGUAAUAAGCAGCAGGACAUUCUCCUCAGGGCGACAUUACUGGGAGGUGGAUGUCAGUAAGUCAGUGUGGUGGAGGGUGGGGAUGUGUUACCCCAGUAUAGACAGGAGAGGAUAUCAUUCAGUCAUUGGAGAUAAUAAGAAGUCCUGGGGUGUGUGCAGGUAUAGUAAUCAGUACUAUGUGAUACAUGACAGUACAGUGAUCCGGUUACCUGACAAAAUCCCAUGUGGCAGAGUGAGGGUAUAUCUGGAUUAUGGGGCAGGACAGCUGUCCUUUUAUUCUCUGUGUGACCCCAUCAGACACUUACACACCUACUCUGCCGCCCUCACUGAGCCCCUCCGUGCUGCAUUAUGGGUAGAGAACGGGUGUAUAACUAUAUGUGGGGGAGUCAGGAGCUUUGAGAAAUUACCAUAAAGAAUCUGCCUAGAGACUGGUGACAUCACAGGGAGGGGAAUAUGAUUGGGGGAACAUUCAGCCAAUAGAAUGAUGUAUUGAGUGGAGCUACAGCUGAGCCCCUCCCCCUGUGUAACCAUGUGACCAGUGUGUGGGUGUGUUCCCAUGUUGGUGUGGUAUGCUGGGUACACACUGACAGAUAUAUCACCCACCCAGCUGUGAUGUCAUCACCGACAUAUCGAACGGCCAAUUGGUCAGUCAGUAUACUGUAGCUUACCUUAUUGGCUGCUCUGUCGGUGCAAUGGUGUGUCGGCAGACAUGUCGCUGAGGUGUGUACCCAGCCUUAGAGACUGUCAUUAUAAAUAUAUACAUAUACAUCUCUGUGCGAUUUCUCCACCUCUGACUCACUGACAGCUGUGAUUGGCUGCAAUAUCUGUCUGUCAGCCAGUCAGUGCUACGCUUGCUCCUAUUGGCUGUAUUGGGAUGAUGUCUCCUCCUGCUGGUAAUUGUAGUCCAAAGCUAUGGGCCUGAUUCAUGUUUGUAUAUAUAGCCCUAGGAAAGUGUUAAUACUAAAAUAAAUAAAUAAAUAUAUGUGUAAUUUCUGAGGUGAAGCCUACUUAAUAUACAUAUAUAACUUUGGAUGAAAGCACUGAUUGGUUGGAGCGGCUAAACCAACAAUUGGCCAUAUAUAAAAGAGACCUUCUACAAUUUAAGAAAGAAAAAUUGCUCAAAGUUGAAGGUGACUACGAGAAACACACUGUUUAUAAAUGGCUGUCAGGAAAUCCCUCACAAGGACGUAACCCACCUUUUUUUAGGAGGAAUAAACAACAAUAUAAACGUAACAUCUCCCGCUUUGAGACUGAUUCUUCUAAUGAUUACAACAGCUCUAAUAGUGAACAGGAUAAAUCUGACACGGCUUCAGCCCCUUUAGGGACUUGCCCCAGGGUCACCAAAGACAAUCCUCCAGAAAGUCAAAAAGGAAAUACACGCGUAGGGGUCACCAGUCAAAAAGGCAAGGGCAGAGUAGGCCACCACCCUCUGUCCAGAAAAACUUGAUUUUCAAUUUUUCUUCGUAUGAAUUAUUGGAUGGUGAAGUCAGCCUCUUAUCAAAGGGUUUGUCUUUCGUUCCCACCUCACAUUUUGACAGUUUUAUUUGGGGGUCUGAAAAAUAUGAGUUAGCUAGAAGUCUUAGCCUCAAAGAACACUUUGGUUCUAAUGAUGUCAUAACGGAUGGCCAGAUACCAUCAUAGUUGAAGAAGUUCUGUCCGCGAUCCCAUUAUGAUCCAUUAUCCACCAAUUCUACUAUCAAGACCUACCUACGAUUGUUAGAUGAGGAAGUGUGUUCUUCUAUCAGGAAUUCUAAUAGCUUUCAUCCGAAUCUCACUCAAGUGGAAUGACAAGCGCUUAAAACUCUAGCAAAUAACAAAGAAUGAUUAUCCGUCAGGCGAGCAAAUGAGGGGCUAUUGUCCUUCAGGACUAUCAUGAUUACCACCAAGAGGCUUUACGCCAGUUGUCAGACACAUCAGUUUACAUUAAACUAGCUAAAGAUCCUACUAAAAGUUGUAGAAAGGAAUUGUACAAUCUCUUGCUAUCUGCCCUGGACACAGGAUUAAUAACAGAGGAAUUGAAAGAUGUGUUAUACCCAGCCUUUCCCAUCAUGCCAAUUUUCUUUACAAUCCCAAAGGUACACAAGGGUUUGGAUCCUCCCCCGGGGCGUCCUAUAGUAUCAGCGCAAGGUUCGUUAUUCCAACCGGUCGCCACGUACCUGGAUUCCAUCCUGCAACCCUUAAUUCAGAGUGAAGCGACAUUCCUUUUGGACACUACCACCUUUCUAAGGAAGUUGCAGACUGUUCCUAUAUUUGAUAACGAUUGUUGGCUGGUUGGUAUAGACGUUAAAAAUUUAUACACUUCAAUUCCUCACAGGUUUGGUUUACACACCUUACGUAAUUUCCUAGAAUCUAAAAGUAUUUUUACUGGUGACAAAAUUAACAAUAUUUUACAGCUGUUUGAACUUAUUCUGCAUAAUAUUUUUUUCUCUAUGAAAAUUACAUUUACUUGCAGGUACAGGGCUGUGCCAUGGGCAGUUCCAUUGCACCGUCCUAUGACAACAUAGUAAUGUUCUUUGUUGAACAGUUGCUGUUUUUUGCUGAGGGUGAGAUCAGGGAUCAUAUCGCCCUAUUUUUAAGGUAUAUAGAUGACCUUUUUGUGAUUUGGAGGGGUGAUAUUGAUAUACUUCGAUCUUUGCUUGAGACACAUAAUGCGACUGAUCACCCCAUCAAAUUUACUUACAUUUUAAGUAGAGAAACACUUGAUUUUCUUGAUGUACACAUUUCUAUUGUUGACCAGGUUAUUCAUACUAGUCUGUUUUCGAAGGUCACAGAUAGGAACACUUUAUUGAAAGCACAAAGUUGCCACCCAAGGGCCCUUAUUAAUGGGCUUCCCUAUUCUCAAAUGCUGAGAGUCUUUCGUAUUAACAGUGACCCUGGCAAGGCCAUUGAACAGAUAGAUGCGAUGGUUCAAAAGUUUUUGGAAGGUGGCUAUAGUGCCAGUUCUUUGGCCAUUUGUAAACAAAAGGUGUUAUCUUUAAAUAGGGACACACUCGUGAAUAGUUCCACAUCCGCUAGUAGCACACGUUCUAAAGUGCUACCGUGGGUGAAUAAGUUUAAUGUGGCAUCACCAGCCAUCAUUGAAACUGCAAAAACAUUAUGGCCAAUGAUUCAGAGCGACCCUAAGCUUAAUUUAAAAGAUCAUAGACUCAUGCCCUGUUAUGCACGAGGCCGUAAUUUAAAAGAUUUCCUGGUUAAAACAGAUACCACAAGGACACCUUUGAAGCAGACUACAUUUUUGAGUAAUACACGUGUGGGUUGCUUUAAGUGUACCUGCACGACGUGCCAGUUUAUGCUCACAGGUGAUUCGUUUAGUCACCCCCAUUUUGGGAAAUUAUACAUAAUUUUACAUUAUUUUACUUGCAAUUCUUCUUUUGUGGUGUACCAAAUCAUUUGCCCCUGUGGGCUUUGCUACAUCGGUAAGACCGAGUCUAAGUUUAAGGAGCGUAUGGGCAAUCAUAGAGCUGCCAUAUGGGCAGCAUUAGUGUCGGGUACAAGCGACCAACCGGUCGCACGCCACUUUGCAGAGGCCAGGCACUCCUUAUCAAGCCUUAGGUAUAGAAUGAUAGAUACUGUCCCGUUAAAUAGACGAGGUGGAAAUCGUUCAUUGCAGUUAUUAAGGUGUGAAGCGCGAUGGAUUCAUCGUUUGAAUGUUAUUCAUCCCAAAGGGUUAAAUGAUAUUAUUUCUUAUGCAGCCUUGCGUUAACACAUUUUAGCUGGACUUGCAUCUCAGAGUUCUUGCUAGUUCUAGAAUUAGGCUAUUAUUGUCUUAGUAUGGUGUAAGCAACGUUAUCUAUUAUGUGUCAUUAUUAACUAAGAAUGAACUAUGCAGCUGUUCUCUGUGUCUUUCCUGUAGCCACAAUGAUUCUGUUUUUCUUCUCUGAAUUCAUUGUACAUUGUUUGUGUUACUAUUUUAAUUACCGUAGCUGUAACACACUAUUUUGGAUGGUGAACGGUUAAGUUUUUUGCACAGGUGUACGGUCAAAUUGGGAUGACGUCACCAAUCAGCGCAGCGGCGGGGAGGGUGUGUGGUCCCGGCCCUGACGCCAGCAUUUCACUGGGGGUGGACAUGUUUAUAAGGUAUGUUGUGCUUUUAUUCUGUAUCCUGAUGACAAUAUGUAAAUAUUGAAACGUUGAUGCAAAAUUGA